CCCCAUCCACUGCAACAUUCAGGCAGGUUCACCUAAUGUUCUUGUGCCGCUGCUGUAUUGGGAAAUACUCGGUGAAUCGGGAGCGUUCAGAGUUCUACACUUCUACACUACAGACCCUGUAGAACAACACGACAGACAUGGCAGAUCCCAUGAACCAAUCUUCUCAGAUUUCGUCGUCACACGGCCUUAACGAUGGACAUUCUGCAUCGUCCAAAGACUCGAAGUUUUCCGAUUCCUUUUUUUCUUCGCCUGUAUCUCUCAUUCAGUCUCCUCAAGACAAAAGAGUGGUACUGGGCUCUGACAAACCUUCAGAGAAUUUGGCCACAUCUCUUCGCUUUUCUUCUCAGUCAAGUUCCUUUUCACCAGUUGCUUAUGGAAGUGACUCUUUAGGAUCACCUGGUGACAACAUAGAUCAUACCAUCAAAGAGAAAUGGGAGCUUUUUGAUUCAUCUUUUGGCUCUCAAAAGCAGGACUCCCCUAUAAAGACAUCCCCAGUGUCUGAGAGAAUCAAAGCACUAGAAGCUUUAGCUGCAAAGCAGAAUGAUUUUGAAAGAAGUGAUGGGGGGGUUCCACAUUUUAAAGAGCGUCACUAUGAGAAGUCCCCUAUUGAAUCACAUGGAAUUUCCUCCCGCUUGUCCUUCCAGAAAAGGACAUUAUCAAAUGAGCAGGAAUCUUCAGAAUUACCCUUUCAGAAAAGGAAAAUGUCAAGUGAGCAGGAAUCUUCAGAAUCACCCUUUCAGAAAAGGACCAUGGCCAAUGAGCAGGAAUCUCCAGAAUCACCCUUUCAGAGAAGGACUGUGUCAAAUGAGCAGGAAUCUCCAGAAUCACCCUUUGAAGUGCUUGGAGAGGAAAGGCAUGGAAGUGACUUUGAGGACACCGCUGACUGGAUGAGAGCUCACUUACCUCCAGCACCAGAUUUCAACAUUGAAGAUCCUGAUCUUGAUGAGGGAAAUGAUUCUCCUGUGGUGCAAGAGAGCCCAUCCAAAGUGAUGACACCAAACAGUGUUGAUACAGCAGAGGUUCCAGAACCUUUUGCAGGAGUUCCUGAUCAGUUUAUGGACAGUCCUGUCAAAGUGACAGAUGACAUCAAUCAUUCAAAGGAUGAUGACAACAAGCAAUCAAAACAAGAGAGUGUUGAGGAAGAUUCUGAAUUUGACCUGAACUUUUUACCAACAGCCUAUAUGUGGGACAAACAAGAGAAAGCCGAUAUGGGCACUCAAGGCUAUCAGAUAUUCCCUGACAAUCAAGAGCUUCCUUCCUCUCCUGCUCCUCCUGCAGAUUUUGAGUCUCCAUCACCCCUUGUGUCCCAACAGAUGGAGCCUAGUUCUGCACAACGUUCCAAUAUUUCGAAGGGAAACUUGGAGCCUGCUGAAAUCCAAGAGAUAGACAGCUCUGGGGAGUCAGAUGAUACAGUGAUUGAGGAAACCAUUAGCAUCCCAACAGUGGGAAAUAAUGGCCUUGGCACCAAAACCCACAAGGAAGAGGAGACCGUUCCAAACAAUGAAAAACAGCUAAUACAAGUACCUAUUAUUAACGUUAUUGAAACCGAGGAACAAGUUUUAAGUGAUGAUGAAGAACCACUUGAGGUGGAAGGAGAGGUGGAGGAGGAGGAUGGAGAGUGUCAGAUAUUGCAAGGUGAAGGCAAAAGGUCAUCCGAGCAACACGACUCAGAGGUUCCAGAAAAAGUAUCUGUGGAAACUCUACAUGAUGAGCGUAAACCUGACCAUGGCAUUUCCUCUCAGACAAAUCAAACCAGCUCUGAUGCUGAGCACUCUCCUGAACACAAGGUGAUUGAAGAUGAUUAUGAAAGUGGCAUUUUUCUCCAGUCCUCUCCAGACUCCGGAUGCCUAAAUUCAGAGGACUCUCAAGAGCUUAUGUUUCAGAAUUUAGUGUCCUUUGAACCCCUUAAAGAGUCAUCCCUUGAUAAAGACCUUGACAAGACCGCAGAAAUACUUUCUGACCUUCCCCCUGACAUCAGUUCCCCCUCAAAUGAGCCCAGUGAUGUAGAGACUUACCUGGAUCAUUAUGCCAGUGAAGAGCUUGCUUUAAAAGACCAAUUGAAUUCGUCUUAUUUUAAGGAGAUUAAAGGUGAGAAAAUAGAACUUUUAAAGACGAGCUGUCUUCCAGAUAAUCGAAAUACAAAUGUUCAAGAAUCCUUUGAACAUAUUACUGAUGAUUUCAACGAGACACUCAACGAAUGCAGGCUAGACUAUGAAUCUGUGCCUGAGCCUUCUCUAUCUGACCUUUCAUCUUAUAUUCCUGAUGAUAUUGAGACUACUCUCCUUCAAAACAAAAUGCCAAGUGUUGAUUCAGAAGAUCAAAUGUCAGCAGUAGAAAUCAAGGAUUCAACCUUGCAGGAACAGGAGGAGUUGCCAGUCCAGUCCAUUGAUCAACAACCACCAGUUCAAGAGAAACCACCUGCACCAUUUCCCUCUUUUCACAAUGAGCAGUCUAGCAAAAUCAUUGACGAUAUUUCUGGCCCUAUGGCAAAUGAGGUUACUGAGGGAUCAGUGAUAACUAAGUCUGAACCUCGAGUUGUGACCACCAAAGAUCUUUUAGAUAGACCAGAUUCGCCAGAGACCCUGAGUGAUACAGAGACGUUUGAAGCAGAAUGUUCAGUAACCGCAGCGACUGACAGCUUUGUGGAGUUCAUGAGGGAGUGUCUUAAGUCACAGCAGGACGAGGAACCUGAAGUCCUCAGUCCUGGACUCAAAACUAUAGACCAGAAACCCAAAUCUGAUGCUUCUGCUUCCACUCAGUCCUCCCCAGCAAUGAUUAUGGACUUGGAGCAGGAGCGCCUCACAAUUUCGGCUUUGAAAGAGCUCGGAAGCAGCCAAGAGGAGGAAGACAUGAAUAUUCCCACCAUGAAGACUGUCCUAAAGCCUGAUAAAGCUCCACUUCCUACACCUAGUGCUGAGGCCUCAGUCACCUCAUCUUCUCUCACUCCUCAAAACGAGUACCAGCCUGAUGCCUUACUUCCCAAAGAGGUAGAGGCAAUCGACAUUUGGGUAGCAGAGGCCUACCACCUUGCAGAGCAUGUCUUGACAGCAAUACUAACCCACCUUACAGUGAUUGACCUGGUGCACUGGCGGGACCCUAAGAAGUCAGGCGUGGUGUUUGGCGUGUCGCUGCUGCUGCUGCUUUCUCUGGCAGCGUUUAGCGUGAUCAGCGUGGUCUCCUACCUGCUGCUGGCCCUGCUCUGUGUUACUAUCUCUUUCCGCAUCUACAAGUCUGUCAUCCAGGCUGUGCAGAAGUCCAACGAAGGACACCCCUUCAAGGCUCUGAUGGAGAAAGAUGUCACUGUGCCCCCCGAGACCUUCCGCAAGCACGUGGACCUCUGUCUCACCCACGUCAACCGUGUACUCAAGCAGAUGAGCCGCCUCUUUCUGGUCGAGGAUCUGGUGGAUUCCCUCAAGCUGGCAGUGGUUAUGUGGCUGCUGACAUAUGUUGGAGCGGUCUUCAAUGGCAUCACUAUCCUCAUCCUCGCUGACAUCCUGCUCUUCAGUGUACCGCCCAUCUAUGAGAAAAACAAGACCCAGAUUGACCAUUACAUUGACAUUGCACGCACUCAAGUCAACACUACAAUUGCCAAGCUACAAGAGAAACUCCCGGGAUCGUUGAAGCGCUGUAAAGCAGAAUGAUGCUCCUCUCCGAUCCCUCGUUACCAUGUUUACCAUCCUUCUAUCUUUAGCCACCUCCCCUUACACUAAGCCCCGCCCCCUACUCCUAUCUUUCCCUAUUUAACCCCACACCUUAAAACAACCAUCUGCACUGAACCAGCUAGUAUGUAAAAUCUAAAAAGCUUCUUGAUAUUCAAUGUUAACUCUGCAGCUUAUUAAUGAGCAUUAAGAAAAGAAGCUCGGGGCACCAGGAGCUGGUGUUUUUCAACACAAAAAGUGAUGUAAUGCUACUGGAUGCCCAUUUUGAUGGCCAGUGCACGGAAGGAUUUGUGAACUAGACUGAACUUAUGACUUGGUUUUGAGUGUUGGGAUGGGUGGUGCUGUAGUAAUGAAUAAAGACAGGUGUUUGACUCAAAAGCAAAUGUCUGUACUUUUAAAAAAAUGAACAUUUCACUGAAAAAUGCUGACAAAAAAAUAUUUAAACUAAACAAAAAAGAGAGAGAGAGAACCUUAUGAAACAUGCUUUCCCCUUUUUUUCUUCGAAAAAUGUGUAUGUAUUCAUCUGAAAUGCACUGAACAUUAUUAGACUUGCAUGUUUUGAUCAGUCAGGAUGGAUCGGGACGCUAUAGCAGCAGUGAUGAUUCGGUCUAGUUCACUAUCCUCCCUGUUAUUGGUGCAGUUUUUUAAUUUUGUGUAUGUAUAUAUAGUUCGAUUACAAUAGGCUCUUUGCUGUGAAGUAGUUAGUGUUGCUUUUUAUAUUUAAAAAUCAAAUAUACAGCUCUUAUAUGUCUCGUUCGCACCUCUUGCACUCAGUCAUCUGAGUUGAGUUGACAUGUAAAUGUUAUUGUUAUUAUUCUUCAAAUA